AAUAGAGGAACUACUAAAUCAAGUGAAUUACCUGACACAAGAAUUACCUGAUAGCGAAAUUACUAAAUCAAGGAAAUUACCUAACAAAGAAUUGUCUGUGAAAAGAAUAACCCUUCAGGGGUAAAUAGACUGAGAAAUACUCGAGAGGAUUAAAGACCCAUUUGUGUUGUUUUUCACACUCCGCCAUCAUUGAUACGGAAGCCAGCGAAAUGGGCCACCAGCAGAAUUGGCCGUAUAUCAUCAACCUGGGCAAUAGCAUUAUAGGAGUCAGUGUGCUGGCAAUGCCCUUCUGUUUUAAACAGUGUGGUGUUGUCCUUGGAAUUCUGCUCUUACUUACGAGUGCAUGGUUGACCCAGAUAGCAUGUAAAUUACUCAUGAAGGCAGCCCUCACCUCAAAGAAAAGAUCUUACGAAUACUUAGCUCUGCAUACAUUUGGCCCUGGGGGUAAACUUCUAGUAGAACUCAGCAUAAUCGGUCUUCUACUUGGGACGUGUAUUGCAUUCCAUGUCAUUAUAGGAGACCUUGGGCCUGCCAUUGUCUCUAAAUUUACUGGCUUAGAGAACACAUCAACAUUACGUACCUCACUAAUGGUGUGCCUUGGACUCUGUGUUGCUUUGCCUCUUGGUUUGUUACGAAGUGUCGAAAGCCUGAGCAACAUUAGUGCAAUAUCCCUUGGGUUCUACACAAUCUUCAUUGCAGAGGUGUUUAUUGUAGCUUUGCCAAACAUCAUAAGUGGAACCUGGUGGGACAGCAUCAAUGCGUGGCGACCCGCUGGCGUGUUUGCAUGUCUGCCCAUAUUUGCGUUAUCAUUGGCAUGUCAGCCGCAAUUGUUUGUUAUGUAUGAUGCACUCCCAGAGCCCUCCUUGAGCAGGAUGAACUCUAUCAUCGGCAGUGCUAUCAAUAUGUGUACAUCUGCAUACUUGUUUGUUGGCUUCUUUGGCUAUAUAGCAUUCUAUGAUCAGAAUUUAUCUGGGGAUGUACUGGUCAGCUUUAAGCCAGGGAUAUUUAGCGAUUCUAUCAAGUUUGGCUUCGUCCUCUCCAUCGCAGUUAGUUUCCCAUUGGUGAUCUUUCCAUGUAGGGCCAGUUUAUACACACUGUUUUUCGCACAUAAAUCUGGCAGCCAUGUCAUUCCUGAUCUCCAUUUCAAAGCAAUUACAGUUUGCAUUGUGAUUGGGACGCUUAUAAUUGGAAUACUGGUGCCAAACAUUUCAGUUGAAUUUAUCCUUGGCUUGACGGGUGCUACGAUGGGUUCGUUGAUCUGUUUCAUCUUUCCUGCCGUUAUGUACAUCAAUGUUAUGUCUCACAAUAAAUCUACGGGGAAAUCGGUAGCUCAGCUUGUACUUUUCCUGGGGGUGACCAUCCUCCUUGCCAGUACCUACACUACCCUCUACUCUCAAGACAAAGGCCACAUUGAUGAACCUAUUAAACCACCAGUACAAGACUUAGAAAAAGAACCAAUCCAUAUUCCUAAAGAUGCUGAUAAUAUCCUGAAAGAUCCUGAGCAAGAAAAAGCCCUUGCAGAUAAAGACAAAGUUGAGGAGGCAAUACGAGGGAAGCCAACUAUUAAACCUCCUGCUAAAGAUGAUGCCAAUGUUGA